AUCACUCUAAGAAUCUAAAUUCUCGCAAAAGCAAUCGCUGCAGUGUAUUUGUAUAUUCAGUUUCUAUCGAUAAAGAAAUAAUUAGUUAACAAGAUGUUUAUAUAUGAUGACAUUUGAUGUUGCUGAACUGUUGUGUUGUAUCUGCUAACCUGACGAGGAAAUGUGUUAUAUUAACGAUCUCGAAGUAGGUAAAACCUAAAAUAGAAUAUGGCGACUUUUAAGAACAAGUGUUGAAGAUGUUGCAAUUGACGUUUUUUAAAGGAUAAAAAAAUAAUGUCAUCAAGUGGUUUCUAAGCAGAAAACAAAAUGGCAGUACCAGAAAAGAGUUAUGGCGACGAUAUGGCAGUUAUUGGGGAUCUGACAGAGGAUUCUCUUCUUCAUGAAUUAAAACGACGAUAUGAAAGAAAUAUCAUAUAUACUUAUCUUGGAGACAUACUAGUGGCCGUCAACCCAAACAUGAUGCUGCCAAUUUAUGGAGGGGAGGUGGGGUUGGUUUAUUCUGAAGCCAAGAGUCUUAAAGAUCAGUCUCCACACAUAUAUGCAAUUGCAAGUAAAGCCUACAGGAAUUUGAUAUGGGGCAGAGUCAACCAAGCUAUUCUAGUCAGCGGCGAAUCAGGAGCAGGUAAAACGGAGAGCACGAAAAUGACAAUAGCCCAGCUAGCCCGUAUGUCAAAGUCACAGGAGCCAACUAAACUUGCCGAACAAAUAGUCGAGAUAAACCCUAUACUAGAGGCUUUUGGAAACGCUAAGACAACAAUGAACGACAAUUCCAGUAGAUUUGGGAAGCUCAUUGAAGUCAUGUUCAACAAGCAAGGAAAGAUUAUUGGAGCAAAGGUGACGGAACACAUGUUAGAGAAAAGUCGAGUCGUACACUGUGGAAAUGGUGAAAGGUCCUUCCAUAUAUUCUACUAUAUGUUUGCUGGAUUGUCUCAAUACGAAAUCGAACAUUUCUAUCUGAGUCGUCCGGAACACUACAGAAUCACGGACCCUAGACACGGGGCACCAGUUUUUACUUCUCAAAUGGAUUAUGAGGCAAACAGGAGCGGAUUUGAAGAAUUGAAAGAAGCCAUGAAUGACACAGGGUUUCCUUCUCAGAUCGUUAAUAUAAUUUUUGCCAUCAUGGCUGGCAUCCUGCAUCUCAGUAACAUCGACUUUGCUCCAGACCCCGAACUUCAGCAGCUCAUCAUAGUGAACGAAGACGAGGUGGAUUACGGAAGCCGACUACUCUCCCUGCAAGCUGACGACCUGGUAACAGUCCUGAUAGCUUCAUCAAGCUUUGUCAGAGGCGAGAGGAUCGUGAGACUGAAGUCAAUGCACGAGGCGUGUGAUGGCAGGGAUGCCUUGUGUAAAGCCCUAUAUAGCCGACUGUUUACUUGGAUAGUGAAAAGAAUCAACCAAGUCAUUCAUGUCCAGGACGACCAAGAUCGGUAUAUUGAUGCUGGAAUUAUAAGCUUACUGGACAUGGCUGGAUUUGAGAGGUUUCAAGUGAACAGUUUUGAACAGUUGUGCAUUAACAGUGCUAAUGAACAAUUGCAGAGCUUUUUCAAUACUUACAUAUUUUCCUGGGAACUGCAAGAAUAUCAAGCAGAGGGUAUUAAACAGCCAAAGAUCAAAUUUACCAACAAUAACGAAAUUCUUGGUCUCUUCUUUGAUAGACCUAUCGGAUUGUUUGCCAUUUUGGAAGAUGAAUGCAGAUUGCAAAUGUCAACAGAUGGCACAUUUGUAGAUCACAUGAAUAAAGAAUUCGGGAAGAAUGAUGUAUAUAAAAGGUGCAAAUCAAGAGAUCCGGUUUUUACAAUCGAACACUACGCAGGCCAGGUCACAUACAACGCCAUUGGUUUUAUUAAGAAAAACAGAGAGACGUUGGGUACCAAUUUCAUAAGCCUUAUGCAAAAUAGUCACAACUGGUUAAUCAAUGAGCUAUUUGAUGACCGACCUGACAGUUACACCAGAAACAUUGACAAACGGAACAGCCAAUGGACGGUACCUGAGUGGAACCAACCAAACAUGCCAGCGUUAGGUCCAGGGGAAACCCUCUCAAAACGAGCAGGAAAGAAAAUAAAACAAAGAACAAAUAUAGAUCGCCCACUCCCUGCUAUACCCAAUUCGUCAAGUACUUCAACAAGUGUUCAUUUCAGGAAUUCACUUGCGUCUCUUAUGGAGAAUCUCAAAGCAUCAGAACCCCAGUUCGUUCGAUGUAUUCGGGCAAAUGCAGAAAAACAAUACGGAUUUUUUGACGUAAAACUUGUUCAUAAUCAGCUUCUCAACACUGGUGUAUUCGACACGACCAGAAUAAGAAAAUUGGGAUAUCCUACUCGUAUGCACAUGCAAGAUUUCAUUAACAGGUAUAAAGUAGUCGGCUUUCCUGUUACUGGAUCCGUUGAAAUAAAUCCAGCCAACUGCGAUAGAAUAUUACAGAAAGCUCAACUGUACGACUAUCAAAUUGGAAAAUCAAAGGUGUUUCUGAAAUACUGGCAUGUGGAUCAACUAAACAUGUGUUUGGAAAAGUUUAUCUCGGAUCUUCGUUUGAUUCAAACUACAAUUCAGAUGUAUCUUGCCCGUAGAAAGUUUCUGGACAUGAUGCAAUAUAUAACAUAUUGCAAAGAUCAAGUGUUCUCUCUUGGAAACAUUGUGGCCAAAACAGGAGAUCAGCUGUUUCAUAUAAUGGUUUCAACGAAUGAUCUUGACAAACAUCAUUAUAAAAAAAAACUGGAAGAGCAAGAACUGAGGAGAAGAAGUACCAGACAAUCUCAGUAUGUCAGGAGAGGACUACCGAGGCGUAUGGAUGACGAUAUAUACGACGCUCCAGACUAUGAUAGAAUGGAGGAUAGUUUUCACUACGGUGGUCAGGUGCAAUCCGAGUAUUAUAAUUCUAGAUCUGGGUAUGGUGCUUCAAGACGUCAAUUGUAUCAAAUUGCCCAGGAAUCUCUGGCUCAUUUAUACGCAAAAUGGAAAUCUGUUGAUCCUGAUGCCUGGUGCAAAAUAGUUUACCUCGAAAGAGAUAGAAUUGUUCAAAAGUUUUACAUACUAGAGAGAGAGGUGACCAUCGACGGAAAAGUUGGUUCAGAGUUUGACGGAGAAAGAAUAAGCCUGUCCUACUUCCGUAAUGAAUAUCGGGACGACGAAACAGCCAGUAUAUUGCCUUAUGUUGGCCAGGGAGUAAAACUCCGGAAAGACAUGGACGGGAGCAUCACGGCGACACGGCUAGGCAAGAACCCCGUGAUCGUGAGAGGCCAUGACGACCCCUCAGAACACUGCUUCUCUCUGGAUGUCAUCAAUCACGAGGGGAAACUGCCUCACCAUGUGCCCGUGAAGAUAUUUGACAUGGAGGAAUUUAAGUGUCAAAUGGCUAUCCAGAUGAAAAUUAAUCCAAAUGGUGACGACACCAUCUUACGAUAUCAAAGCGUCACGUGUUUAAGUCUGGUGAAAGAUGGGAUAGAGGCUGGGGAUACACCUUGUUGGUUGCUUGUUAUCAACCUAUGUGCUUUGAGAGCAAUUGACGAUCCUAAUGUUAAAACACACGUCGAACAAAAACUGGCAGAGUUCGCCGUUCGCACAGAAGAAGAGUUGGAAAUGGAUUUGGAAAAACAAGAAAAGAGUGACGAGCUUGCGGCCAGACAUAAGGAACGACAUUGGUCCAAGCUUAACCAAAGAAAGGGGUUGGAGGGUUCAGAAGCACCACUUAGAAAAACCAAAUUUGAACUAAUGAAGAAAGAUAAAAACAUUGGUGACAAUCUUCACUACAGCUGGGAAAUUGAAGCUCAAAAAUCAAAAAUGCUGCAUUUGAAUGUUGAGUAUCUGCAAGAGCAUUACGAGGAACCGGAGUCUCAUGUUGGAGGGUUAAGACAUGCUGGACGAGGGCACCCCGGAAGUGUCAUCAGUAGCAUGAUGUACCCAGGGAGUGGGAGUUCCGUCCGGAGAGAUUGGGCAAAGGUCAAGGUCGCUAUAAAACUAGAAAAAAGGAUGGAUGAAGAAGCGUUACAAGAAAUAGUCGAAGACGAGGAAUCAUAACAUACAAUUGGUCUCCAGUCUUUCAAUGUGUUCCCUUGCCCGGUAUUAAAUGCAAUAUUUUUGACAUGUACAAAACAUAAACGGAGAAAAACAUGAUUGACUCCAAAUAAGACAAUACCAUGACGUGUAUUUUUAUGCUUAUGUCUGAUUUGAUGUUCAUUGUAUAUUUUACAUUGUACAUUUAUAGAAUAGUGUUCUAUUUUACACCAUUGUAGACCAGAAAUGCAUAAAAUUUCAAACAUACAUGUAACACAUUUAACUUCAACUAUAUUAAACUUUGUUUUGUCAUAAUAGAAUGAGUGCCAACAUUUUACACUUACUUUAGUAUUCAGAUAUUUUGUUCAGUUUUUGUUUUGAUUUGAGAGAUUUUAUGCAAGUACUUUCUUGAAUUAUCCAUACAAUCAAUAUUUCUUAAUAGAAAUACGUUGUUAUACUGUAUUGGGGUUCUUCAUAUGUGAAGUACAAUAAUGCACACAUCAGUGUAUGGUUUGACUUCAAGACUCUAAUUGAAUGUAAAUAUUGGUCAGUUAAUCCAUUUAUUCCUUUUAUUCAAAAGAUGUUUUUACAAUUAUACAAAAUAGCUUUUUCAAAGAGAGUUUUUGUCACCUGUUCCAAUAUACCUACAUUACAGAAAACUUUUCAUUUAAGUACGAACCUCUUGUGUGGAAUUUGAUCAACCAUGCAUGCAUUGGGUGAAGAUUUUAAACAAUUUUAAUGAUUUAUUCUUAUGUAUAUAAGGUAACAUUGUUGACCUUUUGUGUUAAAUAUGAGUAUAAUGCAUAUAAUUAUGCAAGUUCGAAUAUUAUUCCCUUGGUUGUAAAUGUCUGUUUAACCAUUGCAAUACUAGUAAAAGUUUUGAAAUCAAAA